UAAUCCUGCACUAGAUUUUGUUUAGUAUUUGUUCCUCUGUAUUUUCCCCUUUGCUAAUACUAUUUUAACAAUCUUUGUGGAAAAUGGAUUUAUGUUGUACAUUUAUGUUUUGACGUUGUAUAUUGGUUAGUUCCUACAGAAGUAUAUGUAACCGAGGGCACAGUUUUAUGUAGACAGAUUUGGGGACCAUUAGUUGUCCACUGUCAGGCUUCUAUAUUCUUGUAUCCUUUUGUAGGUCACUUCCAUUCACAGCAUUGUUUUGCCGUGAAUUGCCAAUUUCCAAAUCUAAUUUAUCUCAGAAUCCUCUCUGUAUUCCAGGUCCUUAUAUUCAACAGCUUCUUGGACAUCUCCCCAGGAUGUUCUCAAGGUGCUUCAAGACAUAAAAGAAUUAAACUGUGAGUAAGCCCGCAGGAAGGAUGGACAGUUACUUUAAAGCAGCUGUCAGUGACUUGGACAAACUUCUUGAUGAUUUUGAGCAGAACCCAGAAAAACAAGAUUACUUCCAAGAUGUGCAGGAUGUUUAUGCUUUUAACCAGUGUUCAGUUUCUUCAGAGUUGGCCUCUCCACAGCUGGCUUUACUGUCAAAGGACCAAAGAUGCAUUAGUAGUCAUGCCUCAUCAGAAACAUGCUGUGAAGCAAAUGAGACCUUUCUCCAAGGAAAGAUACCUGAGGCGUUAACCUCUAGACAGAAUGAAAAAAACGUGGCGGGACUUGAUCUUCUUUCUUCCGUGGAUGCUAGUACUUCAGAUGAGAUCCAGCCUUCGUGUAUGAGACGAUGUAGCAAGCCUGUUUGUGACCUGAUAAGUGACAUGGGUAACUUAGUACACGCCACCAGUAGUGAGGAAGACAUUAAACAGUUAUUGCCAGAUGACUCGAAGUCUCCUGCAGAUACUUUGAUCACACUGGACUCGUCUUCAGGUUCAGAGGUUUUGAUCGGAUUGGAUUUGUCUUCAGUUUCAGAUACUCUCGCUGUUUCUUCAGUAGACGGUGGUAGUCAGGCUGUCAGGGAAGAGCAGGAUAAUACCAACGCUGGUGUGCAAAGCAGAGAUAACAGUAGGAUCCAAGAAUCGGGUGCAGAAGUGGACAUGGCACUUUCCGAUUCUUGUAAAUAUAGUAGAACAGAAAAUUUAAAGGAUAAAAUGAUUUCUAAUGAGUUAGAAGCAGUUGAUUUUGGCAUGCCAUCUGUUUUGACUGAACAAAGUUCAGAAAUGUCCAAUACCAAAGAUAGCCCACAAUACCAGAGGCUGCCAUGUGAGCUGUUAAAAGAUGACGGUGAUUUGGCAGAAGAGAAAGUAGGCGUGGCAGGCAAUAGUACAGAGUGUUUAGAAGAAGGAGGUAGCAUAAUUGCUAUGCCUUGCAAGCUUCCAAAAAAUGAAGGGAUAUCCCCAAAUGACCUAACUUCAAAAGAUGAAAACUUCAAGUUACCUGACUUUUCUGUCCAGGAAAGUAGAACUGCUGUGUUCAUAAAGCAGACUGUGGCAGAGGACUUGGUAAAUUCAGACCUUAAAGAUAAUAAUGAUGUCAUCCAAGUUUCUUCUUCAUCUCUACAUGUUUCGAGUGAUGGUGUGUCCCCUUCACUGUCCUGUCUUUCAUUGUCUGGGUCUUUGUGUGGAUCCUUAGUUGACUGUAAUGCACACGGUGAUUUUUUACCCUCUGAUGAGUCUAAAGGUCAGAACAAUGAUGCAGUAACUGCACAUGAGGAGAUACAGAAGAGUGCCGCUUUAGAUGGGGAGACAGAUCUCCUGAAGAAGGAAAAGCAGGAAAGCAUGUUUCUUCAGCCAGUAAAUGAAAAGGAAGGGGAUGGAGAGGUUGAACUUGAGGAGAUGGUAAUCAGCGGUGAGCCUUUGGAGUACCCUGAGGGUACCAACCCUGCCACAGCUGGGUCUCAAAUGGCACCCCCUACCAUGAGUGCCUCAGAGGCUCCUGGUCAGUGUGAAGCUCUCACUUUUUCCAGUGGCGAUAUGGAUGGGCAAGAGUUAGAUUACUUUAAUAUUGAUGAAAGCAUGAGAAGUGGCAUACUGGUUAGCGAUGCUGAACUUGAUGCUUUUCUGAAGGAACAGAGUCUUCAGAACUCUAACCCCAUGUCUUUUGGAGAAAAUGCAAGUGAUUCACAGUUGCAGAUGAAUCAGAUAGAUAUGAAAGGAUUACGUGAUGAAAAUGCUGGUGAUAGAUACUUCAAUGCUGAAGCAGGAGCUGCUGGCGAAAGUGGAGGCGUUGUGAUUUGUGAAACAACUGAUAAAGAAAACACAGUACAAAAUGGUGGUCUUUCUGUAGGAGAAAAAAGCACAAUUCCAACGGAAAGAGGGUUAUCUGCUCGUCAGCCUGACAUACGGAGUGAAGUGCCAGUACCCAGUAUUAACACCCAGGCUGUUGGAGGAGCUCGACCUAAGCAGCUGCCGAGUCGUCCACCAGGAACAAGCAGUUCACAGGGACCGAGUAAGCCACAUGUUGUAGGUGUGCCAGCAGGCGAGCCAAGCACAGCAAAUGCUGCUGCUGCACCCACUCGCCCUGCAGAUCAUACACCUGAUUCUCAGGUUAGCUUCAACUCCAAUUAUAUCGACAUAGAAAGUAAUUCCGAAGGUGGAUCCAGUUUUGUAACUGCAAACAAGGAUUCACUGCCUGAGAAUAUACGGAAAGAAGGCUUGGUUUUGGGCCAGAAACAACCUACGUGGGUUCCUGAUUCAGAAGCUCCAAACUGUAUGAACUGCAAAGUCAAAUUCACUUUUACAAAACGGCGACACCACUGCCGAGCUUGUGGGAAAGUAUUUUGUGGUGUCUGUUGUAACAGGAAAUGUAAGCUUCAGUAUCUAGAAAAGGAAGCAAGAGUAUGUGUGAUCUGCUAUGAGACUAUUAAUAAAGCUCAGGCAUUUGAAAGGAUGAUGAGUCCAGGUGGUGCUUGUCUUAAGUCUAAUCAUUCUAAUGAGUGUGUCACUGCCCAGCCACUUCAGGAGACCCAAACGUCCAGCAUACCUUCACCUACAGCUUUGCCCAUCUCAGCACUGAAACAACCAAAUGUCGAAGGACCAUGUUCCCGAGAACAGAAGAGAGUAUGGUUUGCAGAUGGCAUACUGCCGAAUGGUGAAGUUGCAGAUACUACGAAAUUAUCCUCUGGAAGUAAAAGGUGUUCUGAUGACUUUAGUCCUGUCUUACCUGAUGCGCCCACAGUGAUAAAUAAAGUGGACCAUACCCCCUCUCCUACGGUGGAGAAAGCAAACAACGGUGUAGGAGACGUUCUAAGAAGUGAGAUAACUCAGAGUCCGAUUUGCCGUGCUGCACCUCUGGAGAUACUGCCUGGGAGCACAGGCGCUGAAGGCUUGCCCACAGCUGGCCCUUUCACACUAGAAGAUGAUGUUUUUGUGGACAGUGAGGAGCCAUCUACUCCUACUGUUGUCCCUGCUAAUACUGGUUUGCCUGUUGCUAGUGUUUCAGACUACAGGUUAUUGUGUGGUGUUGCCAAAUGUGUCUGCAAUAACAUUAGUCUUCUACCAGAUGACGACGUUGGUUUGCCUCCCCUUCUGGCCACAUCUGGAGAAGAUGGAUCAGUGCCUGUAGUACAAGAACGUCCAUCUCAUGAGCAGAUCAUUUUGCUUCUUGAAAGUGAAGGAUUUCCUCCUGCCACAUUUGUUCUAAAUGCAAACCUACUUGUGAAUGUCAAGUUGGUAUUUUAUUCCUCAGAUAAGUAUUGGUACUUCUCAACCAAUGGAUUGCAUGGUUUGGGACAGGCAGAAAUUAUUAUCCUGUUGCUAUGCUUGCCAAAUGAGGAUACAGUUCCUAAGGACAUCUUUAGACUAUUCAUCACCAUAUAUAAGGAUGCUUCGAAAGGAAAGUAUGUAGAAAACUUGGACAAUCUGACCUUUACUGAGAGUUUUCUCAGUAGCAAGGAUCACGGAGGGUUCCUAUUCAUCACACCUACCUUUCAGAAACUUGACGAUCUCCCAGUACCAAGGAGCCCUUUUCUCUGUGGCAUUCUCAUCCACAAGCUGGAGAUUCCCUGGGCAAAGGCUUUCCCUAUGCGUCUCAUGUUGAGAUUGGGCGCAGAAUACAAAGCAUAUCCUGCUCCUCUAACAAGUGUCAGAGGCAGGAGACCGCUUUUCGGAGAAAUAGGACAUACUAUUAUGAACUUACUUGUUGAUCUUCGAAAUUACCAGUAUACAUUGCAUAACAUCGAUCAGCUGUUGAUCCAUAUGGAAAUGGGGAAAAGCUGUAUAAAGAUACCUCGGAAAAAGUACAGUGAUGUAUUGAAGGUAAUAAAUUCUUCUAACGAGCACGUCAUCAGUAUUGGGGCUAGUUUUAGUACAGAAGCAGAUUCUCAUCUGGUCUGUGUACAGAGUGAUGGAGUUUAUCAGACUCAGGCCAACAGUGCCACUGGUCAGCCAAGGAAAGUGACAGGUGCAAGUUUUGUGGUGUUCAAUGGUGCUCUGAAAACAUCUUCAGGAUUUCUUGCCAAAUCCAGCAUAGUCGAAGAUGGCUUAAUGGUUCAAAUAACCCCAGAGACCAUGGAUGGCUUACGGCUGGCUCUACGAGAGCAAAAGGACUUUAAAAUUCAGUGUGGAAAAGUUGAUGCAGUAGACCUGAGAGAAUAUGUGGACAUCUGUUGGGUGGAUUCGGAAGAAAGGAAAAACAAAGGUGUUAUCAGUUCAGUGGAUGGAAUGUCAUUAGAAGGAUUUCCAAGUGAAAAAAUAAAACUGGAAACAGAUUUUGAAACUGAAGAAAAGACUGUGAAAUGCACUGAGGUGUUCUGCUUCCUAAAGGACCAGGAUAUCUCUCUCUCCUCGAGUAGUUACCAGUUUGCAAAAGAGAUCGCCACGGCUUGCAGUGCGGCCCUGUGCCCUCACCUGAGGACUCUAAAGAGUAACAGAAUGAACAGAAUUGGACUCAGAGUUUCUGUUGACACUGAUAUGGUUGAAUUUCAGGCAGGCUGUGAAGGCCAGCUUCUGCCGCAGCAUUACCUGAACGAUCUCGAUAGCGCUCUGAUACCUGUGAUCCACGGUGGGACCUCCAACUCCACCGUGCCACUCGAGAUAGAGUUAGCAUUCUUCAUUUUAGAAAACCUUCUGGAGUGAGAGAACAUACUGUGCUCUAUGUUGCAAACUGAUAUGUUAAAAUGAAUCCCAGCACUAAAACUGAAAUGUCACAACACUAAAUAUUUGAUAAUUGAAAUAUAUAAUUUUGCUUUUUAGGUAGGAAUGAUUUUUAAAAAUCAUUAGCACUAUAUUUAAGUACCUAAAAAUUUGAAGAAUCACCAUUUUCAUAGCUUUAUGCUUAUUAAAAGAACAAAGAAGAAAUAUUUCUUCUAACUUAAAAUUUAUAGUAUUUACUGUGUAAUUUAAAUGUUAAGCCAAAGUAUCUGCACUUAGUUAUACCUCUUUAUAUAUGAUUUUAAUGAAGGAGAUACCUGUUUGUGUGUAUGCUAAUGAGAAUACUGGUUUUGAAGUCUCUUUUAAAAUGUAUUUCAGUAACGAAGACCAGUUUCAAGAUUCUAGACUUACAGUUCUUUGACUAAAGCUGAUAACUUAUUUGUAUAAAUGGGAUGGAGACCUACCUCCAGGAUUACAUACAAACUCUGAUUAAAGUUAGAAUUUUGCCUUUAUUUCUUCUCAAAUUAUAUAUAUGCAUAUGCAUAUAUAAAUAUAUCAUUUUUCCUGAUUAAAAUAAUUGCGGGUGCUUCAGGACUUUGUGCUUCUCUAUUUAAGUCUGUUGUUUCCAUAGCAACAUUUGAUUUGGAAUGUGUUUCAUAAAUCUUUGCUAAUAUAUAAAUAGGCAAUAUUUUUUGUAUCAGGGUGCAUUCUCUUUCUCCUUCCUUACAAAGUACAUCGCUGUAUUUAACACUCUUCAGAUGACGACAGGCCAGACGACCCGUGAAGUAGUCAUUGUGUGGCAAUAACUGAAUCCUAAAGCAGGUUUCUUUACAUCCAUGUUAAUCCUUAGGGAUUUCUCGAUUGACAUCAAUGUAUGAAGUGUAAAUUUCAACAAACGUUAAUACUUUUGCAUAUUUUAAAUCUUUCUGUGCUAGUUAUUUUUUAUAAUGGAAUAUUUAACUUAACACAAAGUUGUGAUAGAGCUUUCUGGUUUAAUUCAAACAGCAAAAGAAAAGAAGAAAAAUGUAUCAUUUAACUUAUAUAAAAUGUAAUCAUUGUUUUGAUGCCUUUUUAUUAUGUAAAGUAUAUUUUUAUAUUAAAAACACUCAUUAUAUCUAUCAAGAAAAGGAAGCCACACUAAAUAGCCCUGUGUGAGGAUUAUUUAUAAAGCAUUGCAACUUAGAAAUCCAGUCACAUGAGUCUCCUCUGAAUCACCCACCCUUGGACCAACCAAAGACAUAACUGAGGAGAGUAGCCACAGGAAGUGUGAAAUGUUACAGAUAGUAAAUAAAAUGGCAACUUAUGACUGACAACAUUUAA